UUCUACAAACUUUAAACAUUUUUAAAUUUCCCGCGUUUGAGGUUAGUCAAUUAUCUUGGAUAGCAUAUAAUACAGAUAGCGCUAGAGAGUAGAUGUUAUGGCGGGCGGUAUUCAAGGCGCCGAUAUUUAUAGAAAUCUUGAGUUUCGUGGGAACCUACAAAGCUUUAAGCGUCAAAACUCAGUUCCUGCAACAAUCAAUAUUACAUAUGGUCUUCGUUUUUGAUAUCUCUUAUAACCUAAUUAAUUCGAAUAGUCAUUUACGUCGAUAUGACAAUUUUUACGUUGGAAUGAUCCUUCGUUGAACGUUCUCGAUCCUGAAUCGGCGCGACGCGAUUACCACGCGACGCGCAUGAUGAGCUGUCGAACGCAGAAUGUCGAUCAAACGAUAGUGCAAAAAUAAUGUCUUUAUUUUGGUAAGUAAAUAUUGUAACGAGUUCACGCGAAGGACAAAUUAUCGAGUGAUGCAAGUAUGUUGUGUAAAAAUAAUACGCCCCUAUAUGCUUAUGGAAUAUUAUUCGAAUUCACAAUAUGAAUUUCUUCGUUUACAUAUCGUAUAUUUAUUUUGGAAGAUGAGAAAUAGAUAAUUUAAAAAGAGGCUCAAUUAGGAAUACAAUUAGGAAGUAGAAGAAAGAAGGAAAGCGUGAAUCGAUAGUUCAAAGUAAUUCUGUCAGAUUUGUAUGGCUUAGCUGUGAAAACAGUGUGAAAUGUGUAUUCAAUGAUAGAAAAUUGCCCGAAAGUUUAUCAUUCACAUUAAUUUGCUUGAUAAACGUAAACGAAACGAGUUCAAUAGGGUUACAUUCUUAUUUUUCUUUUUUUAAUCUCUCUUUUUUUUUAUAUAUUACUAUUUUAAAAGUAUUCGAGAGCUUUUGAACGAAUAUAUCUUAUUAAAAAAAUUUAAUGUCUUUGGCGAAUAGAUGGAUAUUGAAAUUGAUCAUUAAACUAUCGUUUUGAAAUUGAUUUGGAUGUAACGUCGAAUACAGGAAUUGCGAAGUUAGUGUGGAAGUUGUGAAAAAAUUAAUUGUAUUUAUAUUUACUGUAAAUGAUAAAUUUGUGAAAUAUGAUGUUUACACGUGGUGGUUGUCACGCGAAAAGAAGGAAUGCUGGCGGUGGUGGUGGCGGUGACAGUGAGGUUAGUGGUAGUGGUGGUAGCGCUAGCGGUGGUGGUAGUGGUAGUGGUAGUGGUGGUGGCAGUGCCUGUGGCGCAGGAGGAAGAUUUGGAAAGAGAACUUCUUUGGAACACAAGAGUCCUAAACCACGAUUUGGAGUUGAAGGAUACGCAUACAGAACGAGAGUACCGGUUCCUGUGAAACUUGAAGAUUUACCAGCAACAACAUCCACUCCUAGAACUUAUGUGUAUAGAACAAGAGUACCACGAAGGGAUUUUAUUGCUACAUCGCAGAUAGCGCUACUAAAGACCAACGUAGGCCGCGCGAUAACGGGAAGAAGAGGUGCCGUCAAACACAACAAAGUGCAUAUUGUACGAGGUCAUAGAUUAGUUGCAAAGUUUUUUAGACAGCCGACAUUUUGUGCCUUUUGUAAGGAUUUCCUUUGGGGUUUUGGAAAGCAGGGUUACCAAUGCCAAGCUUGCCAAACUGCGGUGCACAAGAGAUGUCAUGACAAGUUGUUAACAAAAUGUCCGGAAAGUGGGAGAGAAUCAGAAAACACAAUAAGGAACUACAUGUUGGAAUAUUUUAACACUAUUUCAAGCGAUCGUAAAACAUGACAAUUUUGUAUUUCUUUUAAUGAUAGUACUUGAGGGAACGUUUUAAAGUGGACGUUCCUCACAGAUUCCGACCCCAUACUUUUAUGUC